AUGGUAUCGCUCCUGCUUUGUCUUAUCAUUAUUCUUAUGGAUCCAAGUACAUGUACGAUUUACAGCGUUGAUGUGGCGAACAUCAAAUUUGCUGAAGAUAUCAAAGUUACGGAAAGAGCGCAGCAGCGAUUGAAGAAGAUUCUCGCCGAGGGUGAACGGUUACGAGUAGAGGUUGAUGGUGGCGGUUGCUCUGGAUUCGAAUACAAAAUCAAACUUGACAAAAAAUUACAAAGUGAUGACAGGUUAUGGAAGCAAGAUAAUGUGGAAAUAGUCAUAGAUGAAAUGUCGUUGGGGUACAUGCGCGGAGCAACCAUAGAUUACGUGGAAGAUUUAAUGAAAGCCUCAUUUCGAGUGGUCAGCAACCCCGCUGCAGAGAAAGUAGUUUUAUCUGCUUUCAGAUAUCUUCUCCAGUCUAGAUGUUCCCGUCGUUACGGGCGCGACUCUAUCAGAGGUCGCAACUGGCGAAGAAGAGAACAUAAUCAUAACAGAUCAGAUCAGUGGCAAAGGUGGCACUCAAGGAGUCGAUGGUUCGCAGCUGGUGCUCCUCUUUUGGGGCUUUCUUGGCUUGUCACAGUGAAGGACAUGCUGGGAAUCAAGCCAGUAGUACUGGAUAAAGACUCAUUAAAAGAAAAGAUAAAGCAGUCAUGGCUUCAUCGCAAGUAUGGGAAGUAUCGAGAAGCCCUGGAAGUCUUACAGUUGGCGCUGCAAGAAGCUGAACAGCGAAAAGAGCCGCUUCCAAUCACGCGGGUCUACGAUGAGCUCGCAAACACCUACUAUGAGAUGGGUAAUCUCGAUGAUGCUUUGAAAUGUUUUCAGAUUGUAGUAAAUCGAUUAGUUACCCUUCACGGAAAACGUGAUAGUGAUCCAGAGUUCAUCGGUGUAUCAUUGAAGCUAGCAGAUAUAUUUGCUCAAAAAGGGCAGUUAGCUGAUGCUGAAGUCGGAUAUACGCAUUGUGUUCGGAAACAAAUGCUGGUUGUUGACGAACAUAUGAAGAAGUACAGCGUUGCUCAGGGUGCUCUUGUAGAAGACAAACAUGUUGCUGAUACUCAAGGUCCAAUCUAUAGUGAUCCUAUAGCUUUGUUUGGAAUGGCAUUGGAGGGCUAUGCUCAUUUUUUGGUUAGGUAUCGAGACGAGGGGCGAUUGCGUGAGGCCGAAGAAUAUAUGGAUGAAGUCAUGAAGAUCUCUUAUCAGCUCUAUGGUGCCAGUUCGUUCCAUACCAUCAACUUGCUCAACAACUUUGGUGCCGUAUGUAUCCUCAAGAAUAGGUUUGAAUUAGCUUUAAAGUAUCUGUCAAUUGGCAUUGAUCGGAUUCUCUAUGUGAACGAAUGCGCUGAUAUGAUUCCCGGUUAUUAUUGCAAUUAUGCCGAAGCCCUCUUUCACGUUGGUCGGAAGAAAGAAGCACUAGAGUACGCCAAAAAAGCAGUGUCACUUAGCAGAACGGAAGAACCUCGAAUACAAAAAUAUGCCCAGAAGUACCUGAAAGAUCUCGAAAACGACUGCAAGGAAAAGAAGCAAAGAACAUGGUGGCUAUUUUAGUUGGAUGUUGUUAGCCAGAUAGGACCAAUAAAUAUCAACAAUAG